AUGGGGCCCGAUACAAAUGACAACCGAGGAUGGGUGAUGAGUGGUGUCGCCGGUAUUGCCUGUGUUAUCGGCGCCAGCAUCAUCUGCGUGGAUAUUAUAUUGCGAUCAUGUUUUCGAAUACGAAACUUCGAUAUUACUACCAACACUACCUUUCUUUCUUCAUCCAUGGGCCUGAGUGCUGGAGUCAUGGUCUUUUCGUCGUUAUAUAGUAUGCUACCUACCGCGAAGAAAUAUCUCUCUCGGUCGGGACUGUCGGAUUUCGUCGCCGCCUUCACCUUGAUCGGACUCUUUCUGGCCGGCGUUGUGGGUAUCAGCAUAUUCACUCACAUCGCCCAUCGUUACAUACCCUCGCAUGUAGUUGACUGUACACACACUCACGAAUCGCACGACCGUGAUCUAGAGCAGGGCGACGAGGAAGAACGCCACCGACAUCAUCAGCAUGAGCAUGGGGACGGACAUAGUAGUCACUACCAUGACCUUCCCAAAGACCCGGGUGAGACGAAUGGUCAGACCACGGAGGCCAACGAGCAGACAUCUCUCCUCCACAACCACAACAGGCGGCCGGUUCAAACUCUUACUACAAAAAGUACUGGUGGCAUACCAUUUCGGACAUUUUAUCACGAUUCAGUCGGGAGAACCUUCGGCCGUCGGGUCACGCAGUUCCUCAGGCUCACAAAGGAAGUUUGCGACGAGAAUGGACCAUGCUAUGGCUUUUCUCAAACAUGUGGAAUAGAUUGUCGCAAAGUGCUAGGUCCUCGCAAAUUAUUUCUUUGGAUGGAUAGAACAGGCUCGGGAAACCAUACACGACCGGUAUCUCCAACAGUUAGUGAGCCAGAACCAAGAAUUUGUGCAGAUGAACCCGAUACGCCUCUGACUGUUCGACACGUACCACUUAUAUCUCAAGACGAGACUGACAACAAUCGACCCGUUAGUGAGCCGCAGGGAACCGACUAUUUUUCGCAAGACGUCCAGCGUCCUAGCUCAUCCCAACAAUCAUCUCAACAGGGAGACGAACAACAGACGGCCACUGGAAGUCAGGAUGAAUCAGCAGGCAAACCAUUUGAGGACCAUGAGAGCCAUUCUUCACCACAUCAUCAUCACGUUCCUCAGAAUGUUUUCCUUUCGAUCGGUCUGCAGACUUCACUCGCGAUUGCUCUACACAAGCUUCCUGAGGGAUUUAUCACCUACGCUACCAACCACGCUAGCCCAACACUAGGAAUGACCGUCUUCAUUGCGCUUUUCAUCCACAACAUCACCGACGGUUUUGCCCUUGCUCUGCCCCUCUUCUUAGCCAUCAGAUCAAGAGUAAAAGCUAUUUUCAUAGCUAGUCUUCUAGGGGGAAUUAGCCAACCGGCCGGCGCUGGCCUCGCAGCCCUCUGGAUCUGGUCCAGUAAUCGAGGGAAAGCCAUCACUGACGGAACUUCCUGGGGUGUAUACGGAGGCAUGUUCGCCGCCACGGCGGGUAUUAUGACCUAUGUAGGCUUUCAUUUGUUCAGCGAAGGUCUAAGUUUGACGCAUAAUCCGAAUAUUUGCAUUUUCUCGGCGAUUGCAGGUAUGGGAUUGUUAGGAAUCAGCUUUGCUCUAACUGCGUGA